CCUACAAGAAGAUCGGUUUACUUUUUUUGCGCAUCGAGCAGCCCAUCACUAUGGAAUUCCUACAUUUUUAGGGCGGACACUUCCUAUGAAACCGAAAGUAUCUUUACCAGAAUAAAAACACGUCCUCCGUUUGUGGCAGUCUCUUUGGCUAACGGAUUUAUGAAGUUUUCUUACUUCUGCUUUUAUAUUUGCCAUUCUAAGAUCCACUGCGUCUCCUGUAGUCUUUGAAAUAAUCGGCAACUCGAGUGAGAAAAUGGCAGAGCGACCCAUCUCCAUUACAACUGUGGCUCUUGGACGGCCAUUCCAGUUAGGAAUGCUUUAUGACUGUCGCAGUGAUCAGCUUGUCCCAGGGGUAACACUCUGGAGUAAGUCUGACCUGGAGAAAGACAUCAGUGUUGAAUCACAACGUCUUACAGAGCAUUCACUGGAGACCUCCAACUCUCUGACUGAUAAGUCCAAGGCACUCAAUAUAAAUGCAUCACUGAGGGGAAGUUUUGCCUGUGGCAUUGUAGAGGUUGAGGGUUCAGCUAAGUACCUGAAAAACAGCAGGUCCUCCAAGAAUCAAGCUAGGGUGACCCUGAAUUACUUCAUGACCACCAUGUUUAAGCAACUGACAAUGAGUCAUCUCAGUAGAAACAACGUCACAUAUGAAGAAGUGUUCAGGCAUGGGACAGCGACUCAUGUGGUUACGGCGAUUCAGUAUGGAGCUCGGGCCCUCAUGGUGUUUGACAGAGAUGUUUCUAAAGAUGAAUCACUGGAGAUCAUUGCAGGAGAAUUAAAAGCAUCAAUAGACAACAUCCCAAAGAUAUCCAUUCAUGGCAGAGGAUCACUGGAUUUGUCUGCUAAAGAGAAGGUGGAGGCUGAAAAAAUCCGGUGCACUUUCCAUGGAGACUUUUAUAUUCAUGAACUUCCAGUUGACUAUUUAACAGCCCUAGAUGUGUGCAAGAAACUGCCCACUUUCCUGGGUGAAGAUGGUGAGCAUGCAGUGCCCAUCACUGUGUGGCUUUACCCUCUCAGUCUGCUGGACUCCAGCGCUGCCAGGCUGGUGUAUGAGAUAGGUACUGACUUUGUGAUCCAGGUAGAGCGUGUGCUGGACUCUUUACUAGAGGCAGUGUCGAUAUGUGAUUAUCUUUUAACAGAUUCUAUAGUCAAGAGCUUCUACAACAUAGAAGAGAAAAUCAGCAAAUUCAAAACUCUGAUUGAGAGGUACAAGCUGUAUUUUCAAAAGAGGCUCGCUCAGAUUUUGCCAUCAGUUCGGGGAGGAACAACAAAUGCAACUGCAUUGGAUGACAUCCUUGAGGCACACAAGACAUCACCAUUCGGUCAGCACAAGUUAGAGGGCUGGCUGUGCUCACUGCAGACAGAGAUUAGGGGGAUUAAGGCCCUGAUUAAGGGUAUGGAAGACAGCAAUAUAUCACUUCUAACUGGAAGGUUUGAUAGAAUAGAGCCUUUGAUUUUUGAGCCAAACAUUACCUGCAUUGUGAACUUUAAUUUUAACUUGUUAAGCAAAGAAAGCAAAAGUUUAAACACAAUGGAAAAUUACUUAUCUGAAGAACAAAAUAGUAUUAGAAGCACUGACAUUGAGAACAAUGACGAGUGGGUCCAUUCACAGGCGGAUUGUGACAAAAUAAUACUGCGAAGACAACUCUUUCUUGAUUUUGCAAGUAACAAUCAACAGAAUGAAGCCACCAAAUUUGUGGUUACUAGCAGGCCUGUUGAGACGCAAGAAGGCAUUUCAGUUCUCUUGUAUUGUAAAGGGGAGCUGCGUAGUUCAGACUUUGAGCCCCCUUCAACUCCAGAUGUUCCUAAAGUAUUAAAAACAUCGAGUCAGUCAGCAGAAAUAGAACUGUCCCUCCCGCCUCAUGGAGCAAGUGGGUCAAUAAAGUACCUGGUGCAGUUCCGAAAGCACACUGAGAGAUGGUGGAGGUCACAGAUGACGAGAGACACCGAGAAAUCUUUCACUCUGGAAGGACUUCAGAGGUCUACACAGUAUGACGUGAGAUAUGCAGCUGUCUGUGAGGCUGGAGUGGGACCUCCUAGUGAAGUCAUCUCUGUGAACACGGGAGAACCAGAAUCAGCCAACUGCUGCUGUGAACAUCUGGAGAAGCUUGACCUGUCACAUAACAAUAUCACUGAAGACAUCAUGAAAAUACUGGCAAUAACUCUCCACCUCUACAGAUGUGUCAGCCUGUCAUCAUGUCGUCUCACCUCGAGAUGUUACUCAGCUCUCUUCUCAUCUCUUUCUGCUCCACACUCACGACUGACUGAACUGAACCUGAGCGGCAAUAAAAACAUGGAGGAUUCAGGAGUGGAUCAGCUGUUUGAGGGGCUGAGGAGUGAAAACUGCAAAAUAGAGAAACUGAACCUGUCAGAUUGUCAUCUCACCUCUAGAUGUUGCUCAGCUCUCUCCUCAGUCCUUUCAUCUCCAAACUCACGACUAACUGAACUGAAUCUGGGCGACAAGAACAUAUUAAUUUUAGGGGGAAAAAUUAACAACAUCGGAGAUUCAGGAGUGACUCAGCUGUGUGAGGGGAUGAGGAGUGAAAACUGCAAAUUAGAAACACUAAGCCUUAGGUAUUGUGGUCUCACCUCCAGAUGUUGUUCAGCUCUCUCCUCAGCUCUUUCUGCUUCACACUCACAACUGACUGAACUGGACCUGAGUGACAACAACAUGGAGGAUUCAGGAGUGGAUCAGCUGUGUGAGGGGCUGAGGAGUGAAAACUGCAAAUUAGAGAAACUGACAGCUGCAGGUUGUAAAGGAGAGACAGUCAGUGUGAGCGCCCCAUCUCAUCUCAGAGUGGUAUCACUUACCUCAGCAGAGACAGGAAGGUCAUCUCCAGCCUCAGGUCAUGUGAUCUGACCUCCAAAUGUUGUUCAGCUCUCUCCUCAGCUCUUUCUUCUCCACACUCCCGACUGACUGAAGUGAAUCUGAACUCCAACUACAACA